AUCUGUCGAACACUAAUCAUCAAUUUGGAAAUUCGCUUCCAAACAAAAUGGGCAAUAAUAAUCUAUUUAUUACUUUGUUGGUGUUAUUUUUAAAUGAUUGGACACUCUAGUAAUCAAUUGUACUGCAUGAAUGAUAUUUCCAGUGACGCAAGUGGACUUUUUAAAUGCGAGGUGAAUGCCAGUAAGCCUAGAAAACCGACAGAAGAUAACUAUGACGAUAAAGAAAACAUCGAACUAAACGCUGAAGAAUACUUGAAUGUUCAAUCUGGGUCAUUUGAUGCACCAUACCAACGAAUUAUUUGGCCAGAAAAUCUACCAAAACUGAAGACCGAAGGUUACUGGGCCUGGUUUUCAAGGAAAAUUACUAAUGGGCUACGAUAUUAUGCAUCAACUUUUGCUCCUUAUAUAUAACACAUAUUUUGCUGAGGAAAUGCCACCAUUAAAACAAUAAAAAUUCUUUGGCACAAAAUAUUUUUCGGGACAUAUUAACAUUAGUUGACGAAUGCAUGAGUUCAAAGGCGCAGCGUGGAUCUUUCCCACUUUUAUGUUUAAUCAAUAAUUUUUAUAAGUAGAACAUAUCUUACUAUGGAGAUGGUAAAAUUAUUUGAACAAUGACCUUUAAAUUGGAUACUUCAAUAACAUUGAUUUUGUAAUAAUAGAAAGAAAACAACAUUAAGGAAGACUUUGUUGUUUUUUAUAUUAUUUUGGAUAAAAUUAAUGGAAUUGGACUUACUAUUUGCUUGAUUUGAGAUGUAAAGAAAAAGUGCAUUUUGAACUUUGAUUUUAUAGACUUUUCUUGAAUUAAAAAACAAAAGUGAAAAAAAAAUCGUCAAAAUAGCAUUAAAAUUAUAUGCAUGUUUGAGAUCGAGAUAUUCCUCAAUUAUCUUUUAAUUGAUCAAUUAACAUUAAAAAACGUUCAAUUCGGUCAUAUAUCAUUGCCAUUUCUAAUUGGAUAAUUGAGUAAAGUGCAAAGUAUUUAAAUCCGCUCGAAUCGAAGAAUUUUUAAUCAGUUCAAAAUGGGACAAGCUGUAAGCAUAACUCCUUAUCAGAAGUUCAAAGUAAUAUUCGAAAAAUGGAUUCGAUUCACAUCGAUAUCAAUUGGUUUAAAUAUUUUGGAUAAAGACUUCACUUUUAAAAUUCAAAACCUGUUUAUUAUUGCGAUGGUGUCGUCAGUCGAUCUGUUGGCCAUUUAUACAAUGUUUGCAUUCGACACGGAAAUGUUUUGGAAAGCAGCAACAUGUUUAAGUCUUGGAUCGCAGGCUGCAGUUAAAGUGUAUACUGUUUUAUACAACCGCCCGCAAAUUUUAUUUUUGGCAUCGUUUUUAGAGAGCAUCUAUAGCAAAAAUGACACUAAAGUACCCCCUAAAACCAGAAAUAUCAUGGAAGAAUGUUCUACAUACAACUUAUUCACAACAGCCACUCUAUAUGUGAUGUAUCUAUUUUGCGUGUUUAUAUUUUACUUGUAUCCGGUAAUUGCUUAUGCAGUAUUUGAAAUGAAAGAGCCUUGGUUACCAUUAUUUGUGCCCGGUCUGGACAUAAAUACGAAAGAAGGAUUUGUCGCAACAUCAAUAUACCAUUGUGUUGUUCUUUAUUUGGCUGGUGUUGGUUUCGGAUUCUGUGAUUCCCUGUUUUUUAAUUUGGUUUUCAAUAUUUAUACGAUGUCCGAAUUGCAAGGCAACCAACUUGCAAUGCUCGAUGAAGAAAUGAGUGCAGUUAAACCAUCCGAGUCUAUGAUUCGCGUUCGAUUGACAAAUUUUUUCUUGAUGCAUCAAGAAAUGGAAAAAUAUAUUGAGUUGAUUAAUGAGUCUUAUUUCCUCAUGAUCUUCGUUCAAAUAAUGACCACAUCACUUUGUACGACGCUCAUUGCUUAUAUUAUUAUGACGAUGUCCUGGUAUCCUGCUUACUUUUUGGCCGUUUGUCUCAUAUUUCAAAUGUUUUUGUUUUGUGCUCUGGGCACAGUUGUUGAAAUAGCUAACGAUCGCCUUGAAUAUGCAGUACUUCAGACAAAGUACUAUUUGUUACGUGUUGAAUCGCAACACGAUUUCAAAUUCAUAAUCAAUGUUGCUCAGAAAGCCAGAUUCUUGAAAGUGGGCAGCACAAAGCUUGAUGUGACACUAUUUGUUUUGGUAAUGCGUAAAAUCUAUGCGUUUAUUAUGUUUUUGAACACGAGGGAAUAAAAUAAGUUACAUUAUCAGAUCAUCACUUAUUUCAGUUUAUCUCAAAACCAAUAAUUCUUAGAAGUGACUUUUUGGAAAUAAAGUUACGAUACGAUAACUCGGUCUUUGGCCAAAAAUGGCACAGAUCUUCACGA